AUGAAGAGACUUUUAUUACUAACCUAUUUCAUUUGUUUUGCCAUUUCUCCAGGCUGGGCAAAGGACAGGCAUUACUACAUUGGAAUAGUAGAAACCAACUGGAACUAUGCCCCCACUGGUAAAAACGUCGUGAAUGCAAAACCUAUCUCAGAAGAUGAACAAUAUCAUUCCUACAUCUACCUCCAGCGAGGCCCAAACAGGAUAGGAAGCAUAUAUAAGAAAGCCAUUUAUACUCAGUUCACGGAUGACACCUUCAGUACAAUCAUUGAAAAACCACCUUGGCUAGGAAUUUUGGGUCCUGUCCUGAAGGCUGAGACUGGGGAUGCUUUUGUCGUCCAUGUAAAAAAUUUUGCCACAAGAGCCUACAGUUUCCAUCCUCAUGGGACAACAUACACUAAGGAAAAUGAAGGGGCUCUGUAUCCCGAUAACACCACCGGCUUGCAGAAGAAAGAUGACCGGAUAAAUCCUGGAGAGCGUUACACCUACAGAUGGACAGUGCCAAAAGAACAAGGCCCGGCAUCAGGAGAUAACAACUGUGUGACCAGGAUUUACCACUCACACAUAAACACUGUGAAGGAUGUGGCUUCUGGGCUCAUUGGACCUCUCUUAACUUGUAAAAAAGGGACUCUGUAUAAGAACAAGGAGAAGUAUGUGGACAAAGAGUUCGUUAUGCUGUUCUUCAUAAUGGAUGAAAAUCAGAGCUGGUAUUUGGACGACAAUAUUAAGACCUACUGCACUGAGCCAAAUAAAGUUGACAAAGAGAAUGCUGACUUCCAGAAGAGCAACAAAAUGUACUCAAUGAACGGAUACAUGUUUGGCAAUCUCCCCGGUCUUUCCAUGUGUGCAGAAGACAAAGUGAAAUGGUAUUUUUUUGGCAUUGGGGGUGCAUACGACUUGCACACGAUCUUUCUUCAUGGACAGACUGUGCUGUUCAGGAACCACCGGACUGAUACCAUGAGCAUCUUCCCUGCCACCCUGGUAGAUGUUUCUAUGGAGGCAAAGAGCAUUGGUGAAUGGAUGAUUAGUUGCCAAGUUCAUAAACACAUGCGUGGCAUGCAGGCCUUUUUCGAAGUAAAAGACUGCAAAAAGCCAUCAACCGACAAAGUCACAGGGAAGAGCGUGAAGCACUAUUACAUUGCCGCAGAGGAAAUCAUCUGGAACUACGGCCCGACUGGAAUUGACCAUUUUACAGGGAAAAACCUAACUGCCCCUGGAAGUGAGCCCGAGGCGUUUUUCGUUCGAGGCCCCACCAGAAUUGGAGGAUCGUAUAAAAAGCUGGUCUACCGUGAGUACACAGAUGACACCUUCACGAAGCAAAAAUGCAGGCGUCCUGAGGAAGAACAUCUCGGCAUCCUGGGUCCUGUCAUUAGGGCGGAAGUGGAAGACACCAUUAAGGUGACUCUCUAUAACAAGGGGACCCAUCCCGUCAGCAUUCAGCCCCACGGUGUGAGGUUCACCAAGAGCAACGAGGGGUCUCACUACCACACCCUCCAUGGUGGCACCCCUCCUCCAUCCUCAAACCGUGACCCCGGGGGGCAAAUUUUCACCUACGAAUGGACAGUCCCCAAAGGAGUGGGGCCCAGCUCCACUGACCCAAACUGCUUGACCUGGCUGUACUACUCUGGGAUAAAUACACCAGAAGAAAUCAAUGCCGGGCUGAUAGGCCCUCUCCUGGUGUGUAGGAGAGGGAGUCUCCGGGCUGAUGGGAAACAGAAAGGGAUUGACAGAGAGUUUUUCAUGCUUCUAACAAUACUUGAUGAGAAUGAGAGCUUAUUCCUGGAUGACAAUAUUAAACUGUUCACCACAAGCCCUGACCAAGUGAAGAAAGGAGAUGCUGACUUCCAACAUUCGAACAAGAUGUACUCCAUAAAUGGAUUCAUGUACGGAAAUCAGCCUGGGCUCAAAAUGUGCCUGGGAGACCGGGUCUCUUGGCAUGUCUUCAGCGUGGGCUCGGAGAAAGAUCUGCACGGGGUCCACUUUUCUGGAGGCACCUUGAUGAUUACAGGAGGAAGAAUAGACACGGCCACUGUGUUCCCACAGACCUCUGACACCCUCUUCAUGAUCCCCGAUUCUGUAGGACUUUUUAACGUCUUGUGCCUAGUGUCAGAGCACUAUACAGGCGGGAUGAAAGAGAAAUACCGAGUGAACCAGUGCAAGGCAUCUGAGACAGACAAAACCCACCAUUGGAAUGAAAAGGUUUACUACAUCGCUGCUGUGGAAAUGGAGUGGGAUUAUUCCCCCAGUAGGGCGUGGGAGAAAGAACUCCAUCGUCUACAACAAGAAAACCCUCCAAGCAUAUACUUAGAUAAAGGAGAAUGGUUCAUUGGCUCAAAGUACAAGAAAGUUGUGUACCGUCAGUACACUGACAGCACGUUCAGGACUCCGACAAAAAGAAAGGAAGCAGAAAAACAUCUGGAUAUUCUAGGCCCCCUUAUCUCUGCAAAAGUUGACGAUAGAGUGAAAAUUGUCUUCAAAAACUUGGCCACCCAACCAUAUUCCAUUCAUGCCUAUGGAGUGAAGACUGACAAUAACACUGUGGUUCCCACAAAACCAGGUAAAAUCCAGACCUAUAUCUGGAAGAUCCCAGAGAGAUCUGGUCCUGGGCCAGGAGAUAGUGACUGUAUUCCUUGGGUUUAUUCUUCAACAGUGAAUCCGGUUAAGGAUCUCGCCAGCGGAUUAAUAGGCUCUCUGAUCGUCUGCCGCAAGUACACUUCGGAAUUUAGGAACAGAGUACAUUUGGUCCUUCUCUUUCUGAUUUUUGAUGAGAAUCUGUCCUGGUACUUUGAUGAAAAUAUCAAGACCUAUUCAGAUCACCCAGAGAAAGUGAACAAAAAAGAUCCAAAUUUUGUCCUGAGCAAUAAAAUGCACGCCAUCAAUGGAAGGAUGUUUGGAAACAACCAAGGCCUGGUUCUCCAUGUUGGAGAUAAAGUGAACUGGUACCUGAUAGGUAUGGGCAGCGAAUUGGACCUGCACACGGUACAUUUCCACGGCCACAGCUUCGAGUACGAGCACACGGGAAGGUACCAUUCCGACGUCUUUGACCUCCCUCCAGGGACGUACCAAACGGUGGUGAUGUUUCCACAAGAUGUCGGGACGUGGCUAUUUCACUGCCAUGUCGGCGAGCACAUUGCUGGAGGGAUGGAAGCCACAUACACCGUACUCCCGAAGGAAGGUAAGACUGCUGCUUCUGGGGUGCCGUAG